AUGACAUCUAUAAUUACAGCCAAGAUUCAUGAGUUAAUGACAGAGACAGGUCAUGUAGUUGAUCAAAUAACAAAUAGAAAUUCAUCAGGUUCAUCAGCAUCAAUUAAGCCACUUAGUUCUCAAAAUAAUAUAAUUGAUAUUAAAAAUGAAUUGAUUAAUUCAGCAAAAUUUAGUGAUAUUGAUUUAAAUACAACAGGUAAUAAACUUAUUCAAUCAACAGAUGAUAGUAUUGAUAUGCAAUUAAAAACUGCUACAAGCUCAUUUGAAAAAACCGGUUUUGCAUCAGCUGAUAUACAAAAUAAUGCUGCAAAUUCAGAAUCAAACCAAAUUGAAUCUAUUGAACAAUUUGAAGUAAGAUCAACAGCACAAUUGGAGGAAAAAUCUACUGAUCAAUCAGAAGUUCAAUCAUGUGAACUAGUUGAAAUUAAGCCUCCAACUAAAUUUGAGGAUAAAUUAAUGAAAUUUCCAGAAAUUAAAUCAAAUCAAGCUGCGAACAGUCUUACCUUACUUCGAUCCUCAGACAUUGAACAUUGUAAAACACCAUCACCACCAAAAAUCUCACAUAUUUGUCAAGGAUUCAAUACAAUAAAACCACAAGAAAAAACAUCAACAGAAUUAAUUAAUACAAAACAAUUUAAUACUAUUGAUAAUAAUUUUUUAGAUAAAACUUUCAAUCCAAUUAGUGAAACACUUAAUAUGAAACCUAAUAUAAGAAAAUUUAAACUUUUAAAUAAUGAAAAUUUAACAUGUUAUUCACCAUUAAUUAUAAAUAGUACAACUCAAGAUGAUUCUUUGAAAAUUGAAAAAAUUUAUUAUUGGAUUUCAAUGGAUUAUGAAUUGUUUUUUGGUAAUAAUAAUUUAUCAAGAGAGAUUGCAUUAACGAAAUCAUUAAGAUAUGAAGAUGAUGAUCAGAUGCAACUAAAUUUAAAUAAUGAAAAAAUUAUAUAUAUUUCAACAAAUAUUUUAAAUCCUGAUAAAAUUUUUAAUAUAUUUUUUAAAAAUUCAAUAAACAAAUUAGAUUUAUAUAUUGAUUUAAUUUUAAAUAAUAAUGGAUGUAAUAUAUUAUUACAAAUUUUAAAAUAUUUUAAAUUAAAUCAAACAAAGUUAAUUAAUAAGAUAAAUUUCAUAUAUAUAAAAUUUUCAACUUCAUAUAUUAAUCAAAUUAAAGUUAUAUUUAAUUUAAUUAUUGAAAAUAAUAUAUUUUAUCAAAAAAUAAAAUCAUUAGGUUUAUUUAUUGGUUUACAUCAUUAUGGAAAUGGUUAUGUAUUUGGACCAAUUGAAGAUAUAAAGUCCAUAAAAUUACCCAACAAUUUAGAAAAAUUAGUAAUUGCAAAUGGUUUAAAUUUAAAUGAUUUUAAUCAAUUUCCAAUCACAUUAAAAGAAAUUUCAUUACAUAAUGUUGAUAAUAUAAAUUUUAGUAAAUUUAAUUUAAAUAAAAAUUUAAAAAUAUUAUGUAUUAAUGGUGAAACAAGACUAAUUGGAAGGAAAGAUAAUUAUCCAAAAAGCUUUUUAGAAUUUAAAAAUUUAAAAUUAAAUUCAUCUUAUAGUAUAUGUUUAAAUUUUUCAAAAUUUAAUCAAUUAACAUCAUUAAGUUUAUCAAAUUUAUCAUUUAUUCAAACAAGAGAAUUAAAUUUCCCCAAAAAUAUAAAAAAAUUAGAAUUAAUUGAUUGUAUGAUAAGUUCUCAUAUAAGUUCAUUCCCCGAUAGUUUAAGAUUUCUUUAUAUUAUGGGGGGAAAAUGGAAAAUUAAAAAAAAUUGUAAUUUAAGUAAGCUCCUAAAGCUAAAAAUUGAAAAUAUUGAUGAUGUUCAAGAUUUAAAUGAUAAAAUUUCAAGUUGUUUAAAUUUAUUAAGAUUGGAAGUUAUAAAUUCUCCAAUUUAUAUAACUCAAAGAUUUAGAUUUCCUUCAUCUUUAAAAAUUUUAAAAUUAAUAAAUGUAAAAUUGAAAGGUAUACAUAAGUUGGCAUUUCCAUCAUUAUUAGAAAUUGUUAAUUUAGAACUGAAUGAAAUAAAUUUUUUAAUAAAAAAUUCCAAUUUGAAAAUUUUAAGAAUGGAUUCAAAUUGUUUGGAGGCAGAUAUUAAUGCAAGUGAAUUAUCUGUAAAAGAUUUAAUUUUAUCAAAUAAUCCAAAUCUUACAUCUAUUGAAUUAAAUUCAAAUACAACAUAUUUAAAUGUUUCAAAAACAAAAAUUAAUUCAAUUAUUGGUGAUAAUUUAUCUAAAUUAAUUCUUGAUGAAUGUAAAGAAACAGAUUGGAAUCAAUUUAAAUUUCCAAGACAAAUUAUACAAUUAAGUAUUCAGAAUUCAGAAAUCACGAAGUUUGAAAUAUUUGAAAAAUUAUUAAAAUUAAAAAAUUUAAAUUUAUCAAAUAAUAAAAUAACAAGAAUGAAUUUAAAUAAUUUUGAAAAUUUACAAAAUAUUGAUUUAUCAUUUAAUAGUUUGGAAGAGUUAAAAAUUGAAGAUUUUCCUUGCUCAAUAAAAUCAAUUAAAUGUGAUUCAAAUUUUAUAAAUAAAAUUGACUUGGAGAAGUUGGAAAAUUUAGAAUGGUUACAAUUACAAAAUAAUCAAUUAAAAUCCGUAGCUGAUUUGAAUAAUUUACCUACCAAUUUAAAAAAUUUAAAUCUAUCAAGUAAUGAAUUUCAAGAGAUUUUAAAUACUGAAUUUCAAAUACCAAAAAAUUUACAAUUUUUAACACUAAAUCAAUGUAAAAUUCACAAAUUUGAUAAAAUUUUAAUACCAAAUUCAUUAAUAUCAUUAAAUUUAUCAAAUAAUAAAUUAAACUUCAAAACAUUUGAAAUUGAAUUUUAUCACCAAGGAAAAUCAAGUUUAAAAUUUAUUGAUUUAAGUAAUAAUUUUUUUAAUAAAUUUAAUUUUAAUAUAUUAAAUAAUAAAUUAAAGAAGAUUGAAAUAAAUGAAAUUAAUUUGGCUAACAAUAUGUUUGAAGAUAUUCCUAAUAUACCUGAUAAUAUUUUAUCUGCUAUUUUGUUUAAAACUUGA